CGAUGGAACGUUCAUUUCAUCAAUAUGCCAGCGGUGAAUCGCGUAUCGGCAGAUGAGAUGAACAAUUGCAAAGCUCUCGAUUCACCGCCUUUGAAAGCUCUGCUCCUCUGGCUCGUAACUGGGAAAUUUGUCCGGCAGAAAAACCACUAGCGCAAUUGGAACUGGCUGACAGCUUCCGGGCGGUGACACCCAAUCCAGGCUUCACCCCCUGUUCAGCCCGCAAAUGAUCACUGCCCCAGCGCGGUCAGAUCAGCUUUUUUUUCCCUAUUGUUCAUCAAAGGGUAGAAAAUCCACCCACUUUCUUUAUUGUCGCGCUCUUCCCAAGCUUGAUCUUAUCAUCAAUACCAUCACUUCAUCAAGUUUUGCACUUUUUGAUCUCGUCAAUCAAGCUUCUUAUUUGAGCAAAAAGCAACUGUCGCGCGUCACACAUACACACACACACACAACAAAUCAUCAGGUCACAAAUCCUACGCGAUGGCGCCACGAGCCAAAGCAGCUGCUGCCACCAAGGCCGCAGCGCCCAAGAAGGCCACCACAGCUGCCGCUGCUAAGAAGGAGACCAAGACUACAAAAGCUGCUGCCAAGAAGGCUGAGCCUGCUGCCACGAAUGGCGCCACGAAGAAGCGCAAGGCUCCCGAGGAAGAGUCUGAGCCAGAGCAGGAGGAAGAUCGCAAGACAAAGAAGUCCAAGACCACAGAACGCGUCGUAAAGCCCGCUGUCAAGCCCGCCCCAAAGACCAAAGCCGCUGCUACAAAGGCCAAGACAACGACACGAGCAAAGACCGAAGAGGCGGAGGAGAAGCCUGCUGUUAAGAAACCCGGUCGUCCUGCUGGAACAAAGGCCGAGCCCAAGAAGAAGUCCGAGUUUCCUGCGAUCGGAAAGAAGCUCAACGACGCGCCCACUCAGAUCCUCGAUGUCUACGUCUUUGGCGAGGGUUCAUCCGGCGAGCUUGGUCUUGGAAGCAAGCGCGUCAACAACAAGAAGCCAAUCGACGUCAAGCGUCCCCGACUCAACGAUAACCUCUCUGCCGCCAACGUCGGCGUUGUCCAGAUUUCUUGCGGUGGCAUGCACGCUGUCGCGUUGACGCACGAUAACAAGAUCUUGACAUGGGGUGUCAACGAUCAAGGCGCGCUUGGUAGAGAUACAAACUGGGAUGGAGGUCUUCGCGACAUGGACAAGUCAGAAGACUCUGACUCGGAGGAUGAGGACGAUACUGGUAUUAACCCCAUGGAAAGCACACCGACAGCUGUUUCCGACGAGCAUUUCGCUCCCGGCACCAAGUUUGUCCAGGUUGUCGCGAGUGACAGCGCCAGUUUCGCCCUCACAGAAGAUGGUCGAGUCUACGGCUGGGGAACCUUCCGAUCCAGCGACGGCAUCCUCGGCUUCUCAGAGACCAUCAAGGUCCAGUCCACUCCCCUCAUGAUCCGCGACCUCAAGAACAUCAAGGCCCUCGCUGCCGGUUCCAACCACAUUCUCGCUCUCGACCACAAGGGCAACGUCGUUGCUUGGGGCUGCGGUCAACAGAACCAGCUCGGCCGCCGUAUCAUCGAGCGCAACAAGAUGUCCUCCCUCAUUCCCCAGGGUGUUGGUCUGCCUCGAGGCAAGAUUGCCAAGAUUGCUUGCGGUUCUUAUCACAGCUUUGCCAUCGACAAGAGCGGUCAGGUUUAUGGCUGGGGUCUUAACAACUUUGGCGAGAUUGGUGUUGAGUCGAAUGCUGGCGAGGAUGAUGCUGUUAUCCUUCGACCUGCUAAGCUUACAUACCUCGAUGAUUACAACAUUACUGAGAUUGAUGGUGGCGAGCACCACUCCCUUGCUUGCUCCGACAAGGGUGAUCUCCUGACCUGGGGUCGUGUCGAUGGUUACCAAGUCGGCUUCGAGUUCGACAAGUUGUCUGAGGACAACACCAUCUACGACGAGCGAGGCAACGCUCGUAUUCUCUUCAAGCCUACUAUCCAGCCUGACGCCAAGGACAUCGUCGCCGUCGCCGCCGGCACCGACAACAACUUCGCCAUCGCCUCCGACGGCAAGGUCUACUCAUGGGGCUUCUCCAGCAAUUACCAAACCGGCCAAGGCACAAUCGACGACAUCCACACUCCCACUCUGAUCGACAAUACCGCCAUCCGCGGCAAGAAGAUCAUCGGUGCAGGCGCAGGCGGUCAAUACUCUGUGCUCUUCGGCAUCGCUGAUGAUGCUCCCACAAACGGCGUCAAGACCAACGGCGCUUAGACCUUGACACGAGGAAUGAAUUGACGGAGGAAUCUGGGAUUUUCCAUAUCAGCCCUAUUCUUAAUUACGUUGCUGAGGGCAGCUUUCCAAUAUUUGUACUUUAACGUCGGCGGAUGCAUGAUGAAUCGGAUGGGCGGAUUCUGAGUGCGGUUUAAAAAAACAACGUUUUUCAUGAUCAAGGAGGAUGCAUUCUAUUUUGAUGCCUUUGCAUGCUGGUUUGUGGUAUAUAGAUGGUCACGAUGUCUUUGCAUAUCUGAAAGUUGCUUUUUUAAGAGUCUCAACGCUAACCUGAACCUUCUGUCCCUGCUUCUUUUUAAUCGUGACAUACAAAAAUAAUUAUUCUAGUACAAGGGAGCAUGUCCCAGUUUGUGUAACUUGCGUCUCCCCAUCUGAACGCCUACCAUCCCUCCAUCAUAUCUUCGCCGCGAGGGCGUUAUCAUGUACAGCGUCGAGUUUCCGCGCGCAGAAAACUCCCAUCGUGUCAGAACCAUUUCUGCAACGUGUCGUUACUUGCUUUAUGCGUUGAGCUUAGCAGCAGCAUUGGAAAACGUUCCACUUCCCCGGCUGCUGAAAAUACCCAUGAUGCCGAAUCCAACAUAGAACAGCGCAAGGGGAUACGCAACCAGUCCUCGCAUGCGCUUCAUCUGACCCACCGCGCAGAACAUCCCGCUCGCGCUAUAAGUACACCAGAGAAUAGCUGCCGUGGUCGCGACAAU